CGACCUGGUAAGACUCGUGGCGUUGUCUGGAUUGACAAGAGAGUCCGAACUUAUCGUAACGAACCACUUCCCGAAAUCAGAAUCUCCGAAGACACCUCACGCUUCAGGUAUACGCAUCCAGUUGGGGACAGAUCGGCGGUGAGGUUAACUCGAGUAGUGACGGAGACGCUACGGCUAGGGAAAGAAGGUGUACGGUGGUUCGUGAUGGGAGACGACGACACAGUGUUUUUGGUGGACAAUGUGGUCAACGUCCUCUCAAAGUACGACCAUACUCAGUUCUACUAUGUUGGUAGCUCCUCGGAGGCUCAUGUUCAGAACAUCUUCUUCUCUUACUCAAUGGCGUUUGGAGGUGGUGGUUUCGCCAUUAGCUACGCUCUAGCCCUCGAGCUCUCGAGGAUGCAGGACCGUUGCAUCCAACGGUACCCUGGUCUCUACGGCAGCGAUGAUCGCAUCCAAGCUUGUAUGACCGAACUUGGAGUACCCCUUACCAAAGAACCUGGCUUUCACCAGUACGAUGUAUAUGGGGACUUAUUGGGGCUAUUAGGAGCACAUCCGGUGGCUCCUCUGGUGUCGCUGCACCACAUUGAUGUUGUGCAGCCAAUAUUCCCGAAGAUGAAGCGAGCACAUGCGCUUCGACACUUGAUGUCGUCAGCAGUUCUUGACCCAGCCAGCAUAUUCCAGCAGUCCAUCUGCUACGACCAGAACCGGUUCUGGUCCAUCUCGGUCUCCUGGGGAUUCGUAGUCCAGAUAAUCAGAGGCAUCAUAUCCCCUCGCGAGCUCGAGAUGCCUUCGAGAACAUUCCUCAACUGGUUCCGCAAAGCUGACUACAUUGGUUACGCAUUUAACACGAGACCCGUAUCGAGGCAUCCGUGCCAGAGACCAUUCGUGUUUUACUUAAACUCGGCUAAGUAUGACGAAGGGCGUCGCCAAGUGAUUGGAUACUACAACUUGGACAAGACAAGACGUAUUCCCGGCUGCCGAUGGAGGCUCGAUUCACCUGGAAAGAUUGACUCUGUCGUCGUUCUCAAGCGACCUGAUCACCUCAGGUGGCACAAGUCACCGAGGAGGGAUUGUUGCAGAGUAUUGCCGAGUCGGGGAAACAAAACGAUGUAUAUUUGGGUUGGAAAUUGCGCAGAUGGAGAGAUCAGUGAGCUCGAACAUCCUCAGCAGUAGUAACGUUCAAAGAUAUAUAUACUCACUAAAGAUUUCUUCAUAAAGAUUUUUGGAAACGUUCUGUAUUCGUUGACAACAAUUUUCAAUCCUAAAUGCAAAAACUAUUGUUUCAAUCUUUACAAUCUGAACUCCAAAACCAAAAAAGACUAAUUCCUAAAAAA